UUGCCUUGAAAUACGUCGAAUAUUCGCGACUUGUGACUGUCAGCAUGGUAGCAGAGACAUGCGUGUAAUGUUUUGAUCAGACAAAUAUAUCUGGUUACGCUACUUCUUACGAAAAUGCCAUUAAAAGGCUCAGAUGAAGACGGGUUUGGAAUAGAGAUCGUCCUUCAACAGGGAGACAGAAAAGCACCAUUGUGUGUACAUGGUCCAACUUUGUUGUUUGAGAAGGUCUGCAAAGGAGAGGAGAAAGGCCGGAGGUUUUAUGCCUGCUCAGCGUGCAGAGACAGAAAAGAAUGCCCCUUCUUUCUGUGGGAAGAUGAAAAGGUGUCUGAGGCCAGGCUUUUAGCCAGAGAGGAGGAGAACCGGUUAAAGAUGCCUCCUUUUACCCAUCAGGAGUACUGCUCCAGGUUCAGAAAGUUCCUCGCCCUCCCCCUAGGAAGGAAGUUCUGCCAGGACUGUCAGCUCCUCCUCUUACCAGGGGAAUGGGAAACCCACUCUUCUCACAAGAUGUCGCAAGCUGAUGACAUUACAGAGGCACGGCUGAGCAGGCCCAGUCUAAUGCUGAAACCCCUGGAGAACAAGAAGAGCAACGCCCAGUACCUGUUCGCCGACCGCAGCUGUCACUUCCUGUUGGAUACCCUGGCCAAGCGGGGCUACAGGAAGGUGCUCUGUGUUGGGACGCCCAGACUUCAUGAGCUGAUCAAGCUAAGAAAUCAGGAGGGUAAGAGUGACCCCAUGACGAGUCUGCUACUGGACAUUGACUUCAGAUAUGCCCAGUUUUAUGGCAAGGAUGAGUUCUGUCACUACAACAUGUUCAACCAUCACUUCUUUGGAGGAGAGGAGGCAAGUGGGGUCCUCCAAGCUUUCCUCAGUGAGGAAGAUGGGGAGAAGGUGAUCAUGGUGUCCGACCCUCCAUUCGGGGGCCUGGUGAAGCCUCUGGCCCAUAGUUUCUCUCAGAUCUCAGAGACAUGGCGGAAACUGCAGACCUCCGAGGGCAGUGUUUUGGAGAUGCCCAUGGUGUGGAUCUUCCCCUACUUCUUUGAGCCGCGCAUCCUUGAGUGCUUCCCCUCUUUCACCAUGCUAGACUACCAGGUGGACUACGACAACCAUCCCCUCUACAAACAUGGAAAAACGGGUAGAAAGCAGUCCCCAGUCCGCCUGUUCACCAACCUGACACCACGAGACAUCGUCCUCCCUAAGGAGGAAGGCUACAGAUUCUGCAAAGUCUGUGAGAGAUAUGUGUGGGCUCAGAACAAGCAUUGUACUAAAUGCAACCUGUGCCCUUCAAAGGAUGGGAGAGAGUGGAAGCAUUGCUCAGAGUGUCAGAAGUGCGUGAAGCCAUCUUGGCGCCACUGCCAGUCCUGUGCCUGCUGUGCUCUCCCGGACCACCCCUGUGGGAAUAGCCCAGGUCUGGAAGGCUGUUUCAACUGUGGCAGCCUGAAGCACAAACGCAGAGCCUGCCCUCUCAAAGACAAACAGAGGACCAAUAACAAUAGAUCCAAGGCCAAGGGAGGCAGGAACCUGCCCAAACAACAACCCAAGAAGUCCAAUUCCAAGAGGAAGUCUGGGGCCCAGCGCAGAGCCAACAAGUUGAAGACAGCAGAAUAAGUCACAUGACCCCACUCGCACAAUCAUCAGGCUGCAAGGGAGAUGUGUGUGUGUGUGUAGCAGAUGAGAAGUUGCUAGUGAGAGCUAGCCAUCUUACAUGUGCAUGUGUGGGUUUGAUGUGUUUUCUGUACUGUAGGACAGUCUUUAAAGAAUUGUACAUGUUGCUUAAUAAAAGUAUCAGAUAUA